AUGAACGCACCAGAACACGAUACUGACAGCCCACCACCAUACUCAGCCCGGGAUCCUCACCCGUCGGCACUCUCAACGACCAUCACCAGCGCUAACAGUGGCAGACUGGCCGCUAACCCUCCGAUCAGCUACCACAUCCACCGCGGAUCACUCAGCAGCUACAAGAUCUUCCAAGAUGACAUCGCACAGAAAUUCCGCGUCGAGGUGCACAAGGUCCGGCAGCCGAACCUGAUCGUCCGCCGCGAAACCUCGCAGUUGACGGGCCACGAUGUCGCGCAUGUAAAGUUCGCGGAGAAGAGCAGUAACUGCGAUAUCGGCAUGUUUCGCCAGCCCGGCGUCAAGGGUUCCGUCCUCUGGAUGCGUAUGACCGGCGACCGGCGCAUGCCCGCUGUGGUGCCGCUCCUGGACGCCCAUGGCGCGGUGAUUCCCAAUACCAGUGUCCGGAGACCGUUUAUCUGGAAAGGCACUUCUAUUUUGACGCUGGAAGAUGAGGAGAGUGGCAUGGUCGCUGCUGUUGUUCGCGAGACGGCUGAUCUCCCGUCCAAAAUCGCUGCUGUCGAGAUUCUUGUCCCGUUCGGCGAGCCGUUCAUUAUCUUAGUGUUGACGGCCUAUCUCGCCCUGCACGAGAAGUUGCGGACGAAUACCAAAGUCCAUUCUGGCUACGGUGCCGGGCGCCAUGUUGCCGGGGCGCAUGCCCUUCAAGCGAACUUUGCUGGAACGGCAGGCUUUGCUGGGGGAGGCUUUGGAGGCGGUGGUGCUUGA